AUGAAGAUGAAGCUACAGCUCGUCCUGGUCGUGGCAGCGGCGGUCUGUGCUGCUUGCAACCCGCUGAAGAACCCCAGAGAGAAGAAGCAGCUGCUGCUCAUCUCCUUCGACGGCUUCAGGUGGGACUAUGACCAGGACGUGGACACGCCAAACAUGGACCAACUGUCUGUGGACGGGGUCAAGGCUAAAUACAUCACCCCCCCGAUGCUGACCAUGACGUCCCCGUCCCACUUCACCACCAUCACCGGAAGAUGGGUGGAGGACCAUGAAGUCGUCCACAACAUGAUGUUCAACACCACGACGAACCAGAAGGUUCCGCACAAAAAGACCCUGACCAGAUCGGAGUGGUGGGACAACGGAGCGCUGCCGUUAUGGAUCACAGCUCAGGACCAGGGUCUGAAAACUGCUUCGUUCCACUUCCCAGGAGGCGGGGUUGAGUACAACGGCCAAGCGGUUAACCGAGCGCUGGUCGAGGAGGUCGGUCACCCCGACGACAACGAAACUGAAUGGCGCGAGAACAUCGACACAGUGAUGAGCUGGUUCUCUGAGGAGGACUUCAACCUGGUGACGCUGUACUACGGUGAACCGGACAACGUGGGCCACGCCAAGGGGCCGGACCACCCUGACAGGAAGGAGAUCAUCCGGCAGAUUGACCGCACCAUCGGCUACCUGAGACACGCCAUCGAUCGGCACAAUCUGGCAGACAGUCUGGACGUCAUCAUCACCUCCGACCACGGCAUGACCACUGUCAAGAAGCGGCCGCAGGUGGACGAGAUCAUCCUCAACGAGUACCUGGAACUGCUGAAGCUCGCCAGCUUCGAGAUCCUGGACUACGGCGGGUUCGGCAUCCUGACACCCCGGCCGGGAAAGGAGCAGGAGGUUUUUGACAAGCUGUCCAACGCUCCAAAUCUGACGGUCUACAAGACAGACCAGAUGCCAGAGAGCUUUCACCUGGGUAGAAGCGAGCGACUUCCUCCCAUCGUCAUCAUCGCAGACCUAGGGUUCAACCUGAACUCUAGAUUCAUCGUCUACGUGAACAAGGGUGAUCACGGCUACCAUAACUGGGAGAUGGACAUGAAGACCAUCUUCUGGGCUUUUGGACCCAGCUUCAAGAAGAACUAUCUGUCUGAGCCGUUUGACAGCAUCCACAUCUAUCCUCUGAUGUGUAAACUGCUGCAGGUGGAACCAGCGCCUAAUAACGGCUCGCUGGCUGUAACGGAGGACAUGCUGCUGCCCGGAGGAGGAUCUCUGCGAGCUCGGCUGUCAGUCGCUCUGCUGCUGUCCACGCUGCUCUCCACCUUCACCAUCCUGUAACCGAACCGGAUCGGAACCACACAGGGAUCAGAACUUUAUCACCAACAUCUGAUUUACAGGGUUCAUCUCAGACAUCUGAUGAAUUUAAUA